AUGCGUUUUUCCACUGUCAUUGCAGGACUCCUGUUCGGCCUCGAGGCCACGGCUAUUCGCGUUGGGCCCGUGAAGGCUGCACAGAAAGAAGUUGAGGUUCGAAAUGCAAAGUCACGACGCAGCCUUUACAAGCGCGACGACAAGCCCGACCUAACGCUGUUGUACCCUGAGCACAACAUCUCAGUUCCUAUUGACUUCUUCCAUAACGAUACGCGCUAUGAGCCGCACUCGAACGGAUCCUUUAAUCUCAGGUACUGGUUUGACGACACUUACUAUGAGCCUGGCGGCCCUGUCUUCGUUCUUCUUGGAGGCGAGACUGAUGGCGCUGAUCGUCUGCCCUUCCUGCAGAAGGGCAUUGUUCACCAAGUCAUCAAAGCUACCAAGGGUCUCGGAGUGAUUCUUGAACACCGUUACUAUGGCACCAGUUUUCCUACCGAAGAUCUGACUACUAAGAACCUGCGCUUCUUAUCGACCGAGCAAGCUCUUGCUGAAGUUGACUACUUUGCGAAAAAUGUCAAGUUUGCAGGCCACGAAGACAAGGACCUCACAGCGCCAUCCACCCCCUGGGUUGUGUACGGAGGCUCCUACGCCGGUGCCCAGGCUGCUUUCCUACGCGUCACAUACCCUGAGACAUUCUGGGGUGCUAUCUCUUCCUCCGGAGUCACAUUUGCUAUCUAUGACUUCUGGCAGUACUUUGAACCCAUCAGACUGUUUGGUCCUCCCGACUGCAUCAAGAACACCCAGACCUUGACCGAUGUCGUCGACAAGCACUUGCUGGGCAACAACACUGCCAAUAUCCAGGCACUUAAGACCGUCUUCGGUCUCGGCGAUAUCACGGAUAACAGAGACUUCGCGAACCAGCUGACUGGUGUCUACGGAUGGCAAAGCACUAACUGGGAUCCUGAAGUAAACUCGCCUUCGUUCUACAGUUACUGCCGAAACGUGACCCAGUCUGCCGACCUAGCCGCACCUGCGACCGAGAGCUUGCGCCCCACGGUUGCUAGCAUAGUUUCAGCGGCAGGCUACGGCAAUGACACGCUUGUCCAAAACAUCACACUGAACGCGAUCAGCUGGGUCAACCAGACCGUUCUUCCUGGCUGGCGAAGAUCCAAUUACACCCAGGACAGAUACUUCACCAACCUUAAUGCGACCGCUCUGCAGCAGCACACUGCCCUUGAAGACUACGGCUACACCAGCUGGAGCUACCAAGUCUGCACCGAAUGGGGUUACAUCCAGACCGGGAACACCCCCGCCGACAUUAAACCCCUAAUCUCGCGUACGCUCGACAUGGAUUACCUGACCUUUUUCUGCCGCGCGCAGUUCAACAUCACCACACCACCGGAUCUUGAGAAGGUCAACAAAUACGGCGGCUACAACAUCAGCUACCCUCGCCUCGCUAUCAUUGGCGGAAACGCUGACCCCUGGCGCCCGGCCACGCCGCUUUGGUACCCAGACACCAGGGAGGACACUGUGGAGGAGCCGUGGCACAUCAUCAGCCAUGGUGUACACCACUGGGAAGAGAACGGCAUCUUCGAUAACGAGACCACGCCUAUCUUGCCGCCCAACCAGGUCAUCUACGCGCAGCAGUACUUGAAGAAUUUUGUCGUGGAUUGGUUGGCUGAGUGGAAGGGUGGUUACCAGACCGAGCUUUAA